AUGUCGCGAAACAUCUGCGUUACCACGGCCGAGGGCAACACCGGCUUCCUCAUCACGAAACUCCUCCUCACAGAACCCAGCUUCAAAAAGAACGUUAACCAAGUCACAGCAUUGGCCAUAAACGCCCAAGCUCCCUAUGUCCAAGAACUCAAAAAACUCGGCGCAGUAAUAGCUCAACACAAACCGGGGCGUGUGAGGGAUACCGCGAAAGUUCUCCAAGAUACAAAAGCGGAUACAUUGAUGCUGAUUCCGCCGGCACACGUGAACAAGAUUGAUAUUACAUUGGAAAUUCUCGAAGCUGCUAAGAGAGUCAAUAUCGGGAAUGUCUGUUUGCUCAGUGCGGCGGGUUGUGAUAUGGCAGAUCGGGAUGCGCAGCCAAGAUUGAGGGAGUUUAUUGAUUUGGAGGUAGCGUUGAUGAAGCUGAAGGGUGAUCCCAGUACGAGGACAGGGUAUUCUCCUUGCAUCAUCAGGCCGGGUUUCUAUGCGGAGAAUCUUCUUUUGUACACACCUCAAGCUCAGCAGGAAGGGUUAUUGCCAAUUCCCAUUGGCAAGGACCACAAGUUCCCUCCUAUCGCCUUGAAAGAUGUUGCCGACUUGGCUGCUCAUGUCCUCACCGGUAAAGGGAAGCAUGGCUUCAGUGAUCAGCAUCGAGGUCAACUCAUGACCAUGACAGGACCUAUGUUAGUCAGCGGUGACGAACUAGCUCAGAUAGCCAGCAAUACACUUGGUGUCAGGUUGGUAUUUGACGAUGUAUCCGGAAACGAGGCCCGCCGUCUCCUCCGGUUUCAAACCAGCCAGGACGAGGCUGAAAGACAGUAUCUGCUCGAAUACUACUCUCUCGUGCGCGAGGGAAAAACUAAUUAUAUAUCCACCAACUGCUUCCAUGAUGUCACGGGCUCACAUCCAAUUGAGCCGCCGCAGUUUUUUGAGACUUAUAAGGAUCAGUUUAUGCCCAAGAUGGCUGUACAGAGGAUAGCUGAUGGAGUGUAGGCG